CUCACUUCCGGUCGGUGACGCAGUUCCGCUUUGCUGGGCGCGCGGUGGCGGGUCUGAAACCAAGAGCUCGGCUUUCGCCGGGGCUUGGCGGCUCCAGAGCCCGGCAUGGCUUCCUCACGGGCCUCCUCCACGGCAGCCAAAACUAAAGCACCUGAUGACUUAGUCGCUCCUGUUGUAAAGAAACCACACAUCUAUUAUGGAAGUUUGGAAGAGAAGGAGAGGGAACGUCUGGCCAAAGGAGAGUCUGGGAUUUUGGGAAAAGAAGGACUUAAAGCGGGAAUCGAAGCAGGAAAUAUUAAUAUAACCUCUGGAGAAGUGUUUGAAAUUGAGGAGCACAUCAGUGAGCGACAGGCAGAAGUAUUGGCUGAGUUUGAAAGAAGGAAGCGAGCCCGGCAAAUCAACGUUUCCACAGAUGACUCAGAGGUCAAGGCUUGCCUUAGAGCCUUGGGGGAACCCAUCACGCUUUUUGGAGAGGGCCCUGCUGAAAGAAGAGAAAGGUUAAGAAAUAUCCUCUCAGUAGUUGGUACUGAUGCCUUAAAAAAGACCAAGAAGGAUGAUGAGAAAUCUAAGAAGUCCAAAGAAGAGUAUCAGCAAACCUGGUACCAUGAAGGACCAAACAGCUUAAAGGUGGCUAGACUGUGGAUUGCUAAUUAUUCACUGCCUAGGGCAAUGAAACGCUUGGAAGAGGCUCGUCUCCAUAAAGAGAUUCCUGAGACAACUAGAACCUCCCAGAUGCAGGAACUGCACAAAUCUCUGCGGUCUUUGAAUAAUUUCUGCAGUCAGAUUGGGGAUGAUCGGCCUAUCUCCUACUGUCACUUUAGUCCCAAUUCUAAGAUGCUGGCCACAGCUUGUUGGAGUGGGCUUUGCAAGCUCUGGUCUGUUCCUGAUUGCAACCUCCUUCACACUCUUCGAGGCCAUAACACAAAUGUAGGAGCUAUUGUAUUCCAUCCUAAAUCCACUAUCUCCUUGGACCAAAAAGAUGUCAACCUGGCUUCUUGUGCUGCUGAUGGCUCUGUGAAGCUUUGGAGUCUUGACAGUGAUGAACCGGUGGCAGAUAUUGAAGGCCAUACAGUGCGUGUGGCCCGGGUAAUGUGGCAUCCAUCAGGGCGUUUCCUGGGCACCACCUGCUAUGACCGUUCAUGGCGCUUAUGGGAUUUGGAGGCUCAGGAGGAGAUCCUGCAUCAGGAAGGCCACAGCAUGGGUGUGUAUGACAUCGCCUUCCAUCAAGAUGGCUCUUUGGCUGGCACCGGGGGACUGGAUGCAUUUGGUCGAGUUUGGGACCUACGCACAGGACGUUGUAUCAUGUUCCUAGAAGGCCACCUGAAGGAAAUCUAUGGAAUAAAUUUCUCCCCAAAUGGCUACCACAUUGCAACUGGCAGCGGUGACAACACCUGCAAAGUGUGGGACCUUCGACAGCGGCGUUGCAUCUAUACCAUCCCUGCCCAUCAGAACUUAGUGACCGGUGUCAAGUUUGAGCCCAUCCAUGGGAACUUCUUGCUCACUGGUGCCUAUGAUAAUACAGCCAAGAUCUGGACCCACCCAGGCUGGUCCCCACUGAAGACUCUGGCUGGCCAUGAAGGCAAAGUGAUGGGCUUAGACAUUUCUUCUGAUGGGCAGCUCAUAGCCACUUGCUCAUAUGACAGGACCUUCAAGCUCUGGAUGGCUGAAUAGGCAAGACCAUGGAAAAAGGACUCUAACUUCACGCACUCCCUUAGGAGCCAUUUUCCUCAAAAGAAAAGAAUUGUUUACUUCUAUCAUGUUUUAUGCCAAUUACCAUGUAUAGACCUGCAAUAGAAUUGGUUUUCCACGUCAGUCCCCACUCCAGGCAGGCAGCUCAGUCUCUAGGUGAUGGGGAACCCCUUUCAUGGUUGAAAAUUUAAUUCUCCUCUUCAGGCCUUGCCACGAACCGUGUAGACAUUGUUUUUAUUAAUCCUUUGUUUGAAUGCCCUAUAGCCUCCCUCCUCACAGCAUUCAGGAUUGUGACUGACUCUUCCUGUUUUUAAUUCUUAAAACUUGGCUUUUUGUAACGUGGUACAUGCUUCAGGAAGGACUACAUGUGACCCACAGAACAAGGUGGCUGGACUGAAGCCCUCAAGUAAAGAGGAGAGGCACAUAUCAGCACUCACUGAUUCAACAGUGCCUGGCAGCGAGCACCUUUCUCCCUCGAGAAUGGGAGAUGAAGCAGUAGACCACAGCUAUGCUGAUGGUUAUGCAGUGAAGAUGAUUCUACUUCUUGCUGUUGAUUUCACUUGGAAUGCUAACUGUAUCAGGAAGCAUCUGGAAACUCAGAACUGUACAUUUGCCUUGUCAGAAAAUGUCUUCCAUUUUGCUUUGAAGUUUGACAUCCUUCGUGUUACCCUAAAGCAAGGCCAUUGUGUCAGGACUCAAAUUUUUAGAAAGUGAACAUGAUGUCUCUGUUGUACAACCUUCUUUUCUGUUGGCUGUUUAAUGUAUUUCAUGUAUUAAAAGGUACUUCAUCUUGAGGUAACUGGAAAAAAUCCCUAAUAGGUAUUCCUAAA